AUGUCUGUCUCAAUGAGAGAUUUGGAUCCAGCUUUUCAAGGAGCUGGUCAGAAGGCCGGAAUCGAAAUUUGGCGGAUUGAGAACUUUCGCCCUGUUUCUGUUCCAAAGCCUUCGCAUGGAAAAUUCUAUACUGGAGACUCCUAUAUAGUUUUGAAGACUACUGCACUUAAGAGUGGUGCUCUGCGCCAUGAUAUUCAUUAUUGGCUGGGUAAAGAUACUUCUCAGGAUGAAGCUGGAACUGCAGCUGUUAAAACUGUUGAAUUAGAUGCAGCUCUUGGUGGCCGUGCUGUUCAGUAUCGUGAAGUACAAGGUCAUGAAACUGAGAAGUUCCUUUCUUAUUUCAAACCAUGUAUUAUUCCUCAAGAAGGUGGAGUAGCUUCAGGCUUCAAGCAUGCAGAGGCUGAAGAGCAUGUAACCCGGUUGUAUGUAUGCAAGGGAAAGCAUGUUGUUAAUGUAAAAGAGGUUCCCUUUGCUCGGUCAUCCUUGAACCAUGAUGACAUCUUUAUUCUCGACACCAAAUCUAAAAUUUUUCAGUUCAAUGGUUCCAACUCAUCUAUCCAAGAAAGAGCCAAAGCAUUGGAAGUUGUCCAAUACAUUAAAGAUACUUACCAUGAUGGAAAAUGUGAGGUAGCAGCAAUUGAGGAUGGAAAAUUAAUGGCGGAUGCUGACACUGGAGAAUUUUGGGGGUUUUUUGGUGGCUUUGCUCCACUUCCAAGGAAAACUACCAAUGAUGAGGCUAUAAGUACAGAUGAUCAUUCCACCAAAUUGUUACGAAUUGAAAAGGGACAGGCGGAACCUAUUGAAGCUGAUUCUUUGACGAGGGAGCUGUUGGAGACCAAUAGAUGCUAUAUCCUUGACUGUGGUACAGAGUUGUUCAUCUGGAUGGGAAGAACUACAUCUCUUGAUGAAAGGAAAAGUGCAAGCAGUGUUACCGAUGAGUACGUUCGCAGCCUGGAUAGACCAAAAUGUCAUGUCGUGCGCGUUAUUGAGGGGUUCGAGACUGUGAUGUUCCGCUCAAAGUUUGAUUCUUGGCCUCAGACAACAAACGUAGCUGUCUCUGAGGAUGGAAGGGGCAAAGUUGCUGCUCUUCUAAAGCGUCAAGGGGUUAAUGUGAAGGGCUUAUUGAAGGCUACACCACCCAAGGAAGAACCUCAGCCACACAUAGACUGCACUGGCAAUCUGCAGGUUUGGCGUGUAAAUGGAGAAGAAAAGGUUCUUCUUUCAUCUUCAGAUCAGUCGAAGUUUUACAGUGGAGACUGUUACAUUUUCCAAUAUUCUUAUCCGGGGGAAGAUAAUGAGGAAGUUCUGAUUGGAACUUGGUUUGGGAAGCAGAGUGUUGAGGAGGAGAGAGUCUCAGCAACUUCACAGGCAAGCAAAAUGGUUGAAGGGCUUAAGUUUCUAGCUACUCAGGCUCGCAUCUUUGAAGGAAGUGAACCCAUCCAAUUUUUUGCCAUCUUUCAGAGCUUUAUUGUUUUUAAGGGUGGUCUUAGUGAUGGGUACAAGAAGUACAUAGCAGAAAAGGAACUUCCUGAUGACACAUACACAGAGGACGGGCUUGCCCUAUUUCGAGUUCAGGGUAGUGGGCCUGAGAAUAUGCAAUCAAUUCAAGUUGAACCCGUGGCCUCAUCCUUGAAUUCAUCUUAUUGUUACAUACUACACAAUGGUUCUACCAUCUUUACAUGGUCUGGAAACCUGACAACUGCUGAGGACCAAGAGCUUGUUGAGAGGCAACUGGAUUGCAUAAAGCCCAAUAUGCAGAGCAAAGUGCAAAAGGAAGGUGCAGAAUCUGAACAAUUCUGGGAAUUGUUGAGUGGGAAGUCUGAGUAUCCUAGCCAAAAGAUUGGGAGGGAUGCUGAAACCGAUCCUCAUUUGUUCUCAUGCACUUUUUCAAAAGGAAAUCUGCAGGUCACUGAGGUAUACAAUUUUAAUCAGGAUGAUCUAAUGACGGAAGACAUUUUUAUCCUUGACUGUCAUACAGAUAUCUUUGUCUGGGUCGGCCAAAAGGUCGACUCCAAGCAAAAGAUGCAGGCUUUAACUGUUGGAGAGAAAUUUCUGGAACGUGAUUUUCUUCUCGAGAAAUUAUCCCUCCAAGCUCCAAUUUAUAUAGUGUUUGAAGGGAGUGAGCCGCCUUUCUUUACUCGAUUCUUCAACUGGGAUUCGGCAAAAUCCGGCAUGCAUGGGGACUCGUUCCAAAGGAAACUUGCUAUAAUUAAAGGUGGUAGAGCUCCUCAAAUUGAUAAACCCAAAAGGAGAACACCUGUAUCAUAUGGAGGAAGGUCUCCAGCACCAGAAAAAUCACAACGUUCAAGAAGCAUGUCUUUUAGUCCCGACAGAGUCCGUGUGAGAGGAAGAUCUCCCGCCUUCAAUGCAUUAGCUGCAAAUUUUGAGAAUCCAAAUGCAAGGAAUCUUUCAACUCCACCACCAAUGGCAAGAAAGAUAUUUCCAAAAUCUGGAUCUGCAACUCCUGAUUCAGCCCAAGCAGAUUCCAGAUCUGCAGCCAUUGCAGCACUUACUGCAAGUUUUGAACAACCUGCACCUGCUCGGGGAACUCUUAUACCUCGCUCUGUUAAAGUUAGUCCAGAGACCCCUAAAUCAAAAUUGGAGGCGAAUUCCAGAGAAAAUUCAACUGGAAGUUUGACAGAAUCUCCUAAAGUUAAACCAGAGACAAUACAGGAGGAUGUGAAAGAGGGCGAGGCUGAAGAUGAUGAAGGCCUCCCAGUACACCCUUACGAACGCCUGACGAUCAAUUCAACUGAUCCAGUCCCUGAAAUCGAUGUGACGAAGCGGGAGACUUAUUUGUCUUCCCAAGAGUUCAAAGAUAAGUUUGGAAUGACCAAGGCUGCUUUUUAUAAGUUGCCAAAGUGGAAACAGAACAAAAUGAAAAUGGCUCUUCAAUUGUUCUAA